AUGGAAGGUCUCUGGCCAUGGGUCCUGGUUCUGGUCUGUCUGCCUGGCUUCAUCCUAGGAGCACCCUCAGCCUCUUACUGUGCUGGAGCCUGUGGGACCAGAUUCUCAGAAGACCUCACCCCUGAGGAGACCCAGACAUCCUGGGACAAGGACAUCCCUGCAAUAAACCAAGGGCUCAUUCCAGAGGAGUCCCCAGAGAGCAGCUUCCUCCUGGAGGGGGACAUCCUCCGGCCGAGUCCCUUCCGGCUGUUCUCGGCGGCCAGCAGCAAGUGGCCCAGGAACGGCGGAGUCGUGGAGGUCCCCUUCCUGCUCUCCGGCAAGUACGAUAAGCCUAGCCGCCAAGUCAUCCUGGAGGCAUUCGCUGAGUUUGAACGCUCCACAUGCAUCAGGUUUGUUGCCUACAGUGGCCAGAGGGACUUCAUUUCCAUCAUUCCCAUGUCUGGGUGCUUCUCGAGCAUUGGCCGCAGUGGAGGGAUGCAGGUGGUGUCUCUAGGACCCAGCUGUCUCCAGAGGGGCCCGGGCAUCGUCCUGCAUGAGCUCAUGCACGUGCUGGGCUUCUGGCAUGAGCACUCGCGGGCCGACCGGGACCGCUACAUCCGUGUGAACUGGAACGAGAUCCUCCCAGGUUUUGAAAUGAACUUCAUCAAAUCUCGGAGCAGCAACAUGCUGGUGCCCUACGACUACUCUUCAGUGAUGCACUACGGGAGGCUUGCCUUCAGCCGGCGCGGGCUGCCCACCAUCACCCCACUCUGGGCCCCUAGUGUCCACAUUGGCCAGCGCUGGAACCUCAGCAGCUCGGACAUCGCACGGGUCCUCAGGUUUUAUGACUGCAGCCCAAGUGGCCACGAGCCCAGUGGGAAAGGGCUCCAGACCCCUGGGAGUGGUAGGAGCCCCUCUCCUGGCUCUAGGUCACAGCUGCAGCAGCUUCUGCAGGCAUUGUUGGAGGAAUCCAGGAGGUCUGACCCCAGAGGCUUCGGGGCGGAAGACCAGCAUGGUGCUGCCGCUGCCAGGUCUGAAGAGAGCCUUUGUGCACAGAAGCCCCCCGCCCUGAGGAAUUCUGAUGUGAAGGCCUCUGCUGACCCAGCUCCGUCAGCCCCCGGCUUCCUCCCUGAGGCCAAAGCCUGGGGCGGUCUUUCCUGACAUUUCCCUGGCACCAUGCCGGCAGCACCGAGUGCCCCUUCUCUAGAAGACCGAUCCGUGUCCAUCUAGGCUCUUCUGGGGAAUCCUGCUCUGCCAGGGGCCCGUGCACCCAGAAAUCACUUUACGAGGACACCCAGAGGUCAAGCCUGUGGCUUCGGUCCCCUUGGCCCCUCUGCACUGCACCCCUGCCUUCCAGCUUCUCUGGCUCCCCUGUCUGAGGCUUGGGCCCCUCUCUCUGCUCCUUCCUUCCCGGUCGUUUCCCCAGGGGCUCCUAGGACAGACAGACCCUCUAGGUCAGUCAGGGGGAGGCAGGCCUGUGGGGCAGGUGCCUGACUCUGCCGGCUCUCGUCUCCUGCCUCAGCCCCGGGGAGUCUGGGAUGGGAGGUGACUUCUCAGCGGCUCCAAGGACAGGGACUUGGAGGGAUGGGCCUCCCUGAGGGCCCCGGGAGCCCCCGGGGUUGAGGCGCAGCCCCCCGCAGGGACUAACAGUACCUUCACUGCUCCCUCAGGCUGCCCCGUGCUCAGGACCCUGGGAGGAGCCCCUCUCCUGGUUGUCUGAGUGCUGGGAACCUGGGAAUGUAGCCCUGUGCUCCAGGAGGCUUCCAGAGCCCCACUUCCUCCCUUGCCUCCCGGGGAGAUGAAGAGGUGGGGGCCCUAGGUGCGGGGAAAUUUGCUGCAGGAAACUCAGCAAGAACAGGAGGACCCUGAAGUCAGGACUCAAAGCUGCUGUCACCCGCAUAGCUCUUCCCAGGAACUUUGCCUCUACCAAGACCCCGCCCCUCCCCAGACUUGGCCAGAGGAGGCCCUGGAAGGUGGGAAGGGGCGGUGGGGUCGCCCUGAUUGUCUUCCUUCAGCCAAUCCCCACUCCUCUCCUUCAGCUCCUGGCCUCCCUGGUGAGGGCUGUUCAGAGUCAAGAAAGUCUCUAGGGACGGCAGUGAGUGAGCCGGAUCCCCGCACCCCCACCCCGUGCAGGUCUGGGGCCUGCUUUGGGUGGGAGGGCAGCAGGAGCCCCUGCCCGUCCCAGUGGGGCCAGGUCCCCCUGAUGCCUCGGGAAAAGUAGAAAUAAAGUUGGGAACUUG